AUGAACCACAGAGCAACUGAUGAGAGCGCGGAAGCAAUGAAGCGCCAGCAGGCAACCAUCUCUCGUUUCUUCGCGCGCAAGCCGUCCCCAGCGCGGCCAAACCCGCUGCCCACCUCCCCCUCCCCCGUCCCCUCCCCUUCACAGCCGCCGGGCGCCGUCCGCGUCACCACUCCGCCGUCCCUCCUCCGCCCGCCGCGCGCAUCCGCCGCCACCUUCGCUGCCGUCGAUCGCGGUGAUCGUCGUGGUGGUGGCGGCGGUGGUAGCGGAGCUUUGAGAGAGAUAGGAUUGGCGGAAGCGGAAACUGAGAAUGGGGGAGCCGUGGGGGCAGCUGGAGAGGAUCGUGAGUGGCGGAGGACAGGAAGCAGGGGAGAGCAGGAGAGUGGGGGCGGAAAAGAUUGGGGGGCGGAGGGGAAGGCGGAGGGGACGGGGGAUGAGGUAGAAGCGGAGGUUGAAGGCGGAGGAACGGUGUUCAAGCGUAAGCGGGAGGGUGGAAGGCGGGCAGCGCGGAGAUUAGUGGAGGAUGGGGGCUUGGAUGGGGGAACAGAUGAGGUGGAUGGGGCGGAUGGGGAAGAAAAAGGGAUCGGGGCGCGGAUGGGGGAGGACGAGUGGGGGGAAGGUGAAAGGGAGAGUAAGAGAGGAAGGGGGGAAAACACAGGGGCAGAUGAGGUGGGAACAGGGGCAGGGAGAGGGACAUGGGAGGAUGAAAACGCAGAGAGGAGAGAGAAACUGACGAAAGGAGAAGUGGCCAAGGCCCUUGUAGCAGCACCUGCUGCUCCUGCUGCCUCUGCUGCUGCCGCUUCAAUCCGAGCCAGCUUCCUUCAAAAACUUGACUUCCAUCCUUCCGCUCCUCACCUCACACCCGCUGCCUCCACCAAAGACGGCAGCGAUUUCAUCCCCGGUAUAAGCCUGCCCCUGCCAGGCACAAAGCUCACCCCGUUAGAAGAGCAGGUCGUGGCUCUCAAACGCCGCCACCCAGACGUGCUGCUAUUGGUCGAGGUCGGCUACAAGUACCGUUUUUUCGGGGCCGAUGCUGAAGUGGCAGCGCGCGUGCUGGGCAUCUACCGCCACGUGGACAGGGCGUUUCUGACUGCGUCCAUCCCCACGUUCCGCCUGCACGUGCACGUGAGGCGGCUCGUGGAGGCGGGCUUUAAGGUGGGCGUGGUGCGGCAGAGUGAGACGGCGGCUAUUAAAGCCCACGGGAGCAACAAGGGUGGCCCGUUCGGGCGGCAUUUGUCGGCUUUAUACACGCGGGCAACGUUGGAAGUGGGAGAGGAUUUGGGCGGAGGGGGAGGGGAAGGGGGAGAGGGAGGGGAAGGGGGGGUGGGGGAAGGGGCGGGGGGUGGGGGAGGGGGAGGGGGGAUGGGGGGAAGGCUGAGUAGUUACCUGGUGUGUAUUGCGGAGGAGGGUGUUGGAGAGAAAGGGAAGGGGAAGAAGGAAGGAGGGAAGGGAGGUGCUGGUGGUAGCAAGCAGUGCUGCUGCUGCUUCCUCUCCCGGCCUCUCCCCACCAGCCACAGAUCUGGACUCGUCUCAAGGCUGGGAAGCAGUCGUCAACAGGCGAUCGACGUGGCAGAGGGGUGCUUCUCAGACGGGGUGCUACGGGGGGAGCUGGAAACGCACCUCGUCCACGUCGCCCCCACUGAAGUGGUUCUUACUGGACCCAUUUCAGCAGCCACACACAAGCUGCUGUCGUACCUUUCAUGUCGGGACCCCGCACCAAGAAUCACAAUGGCAGGGAGCGAUGGGAUCACUGGUGCUGCCGUGGGUGGGGGAGGCCCUGGGAAGACUGGGAAGUCUGGGGGCGGUGGUGGUGGUGGGGGUGGUGGCAGCAGCAGAGGCAGCGGCAGCAGCAUGUGUGGGGUGCGUGCAGCUCUCGCCGAGUUUUUUGCUGAGAGGCCAAACGGGGCUGCUUGUACUGAGGACGCAGACAAGGGGCAUGAGGAAGGGAAUGGAGAGAGGAAGAAGGAGAGGGAGGAGCAGCAGGAGCCGGAGCGUCAACAGGAUGAGCAGCAGGAGGUGGAUCCGGCAGUGGAGGCGGUGCUCUCCAUGCCACUGGUGCUGCUCAGAGCGCUCGCUGCUGCUGUGGACUAUCUGAGGGAGUUCAACCUGCACCACGUGCUCGCACUGGGCGGCGGCUUUCGUCCUCUCUGCACCGGCCACCAGAUGACUCUCUCCUCCAAUGCUCUCGAGCAGCUCGAGAUUCUCCACAACAGUGCAGAUGGUACCACACGGGGCUCCCUCCUCUGGCUGCUCAACCACGCGCUCACAGCAGCAGGGGGGCGACUCAUGCGCCACUGGGUCACCCACCCCCUCACACGCCUCCCCCACAUCACCCUUCGCCAACAAGCCGUUUCCGAGCUCCUCUCCUCCUCCCCCUCGCUCUCCUCUCCGCUCACUGGCUCGCUGGGGCGAGUGGUUGGCGUUUCUCGGACGUUUCCUGGGAGCGGGCGGGGAGGGGGGGCAGUGGGGGCGGCGAGCAGGGGAGCGGGGGAGGGGGAGGGGGGAGUGGGGGAGGUGGUGGGGGGAGUGCUGGGGUCGUUGGCGCGCAUGGGGGAUGUGGAGAGGGGAGUCACGCGGAUACUGCACAAAACGGUCACUCCCAACGAGUUUGUCCGAGUCCUCUCAGCUCUGGCGUCAGCAGCACAGCAGCUGCGCCCCCUCCUCCCCGACCCACCUCAUUCCACCCCCGCCACUGCUGCUGCUACUGACACCGACCCUGACAGCAGCAGUGACACGCCUAGGGUGCAGUCGGUGCUGCUGCAGAGGCUGCUGAGGGCAGCAGCAUCGCCAGCCGUGGUGCGGCACGCCCGGCGGAUGCGGAGUGCCGUGGAUGCUGAUGCUGCUGCCCGGGGAGACAAGGUGAACCUCAUUGUGUGCUCUGCUCCUGCUCACCAGAGCCAGCAACAGCAAGAGCAUAUGCAACACGGCAACAAUUACCGCAUUCGAGACGCCCUGGAUGAAGAGGAAGCAGCAGAAGCUUCCUUGCAGUUUCCGGAGCUCUGGGCGUGCAGAGAAGCAGUGCGGGAGGCAGAGGGCCACCUCAACUCGCUCCUCCCGGCUAUCCGGUCCCAAUUGCGUCUCCCAUCCCUCUCCUUCUUCUCCGUUUCCGGUGCCACUCAUCUCAUCGAAGUUCCCUCGGCCCUCCGAGUCCCCUCUGAUUGGCUCAAACACAGCGCCGUCAAGGCUGGCAAGGCCGGAGGCGUUACGCGUUACCACCCGCCAGCUGUCCUCGCGGAAUUGGACAGGCUGGCGCUGGCAAAAGAAGCUGCAGCGGCGGCAGCAGGGAGGGCGUGGCAGGAGCUGCUGGAAGGGUUUAGGACGGAGGGAGGGGGGCAUGUGGAGUUGAGACAAGCUGUUAAGGCACUAGCUGAGCUGGACUGUUUGUGUGCGCUUGCUGCUGUUUCUGCUUCUAAGGGGUAUGUUCGGCCGGAGUUUUUUCCGGAAGGUGGGGCCCAGAAUGUGCUUAUAACGAAUGGGAGGCACCCUGUGCUGGAUGUGACUAUGGGGAGCGAGUUUGUACCGAAUGACACCAUGCUGAUGUCGGAUGGUGAAAGGUGCCACGUCAUCACUGGUCCCAACAUGGGCGGCAAGAGCUGUUACAUCUGCCAGGUGGCGCUGAUAUGCAUCAUGGCGCAGAUCGGGUGUUACGUGCCUGCAGACUCAGCGCGCCUCCAUGUAUUGGACGCGGUUCUGACUCGCAUGGGAGCAGCCAAUGACAGCCUGGCGCGCCGCACGUCCACGUUCCUGGAGGAGCUGGGGGAAGCUUCCGGGAUUCUUCAUCGGGCAACGGGUCGGUCGCUGGUGAUAGUGGACGAGCUGGGUCGAGGCACCAGCACCCAUGAUGGGGUUGCCAUCGCUUAUGCCACCCUGCAUGUGAGCCCAUUCCAUCCUGCAUGUGAGCUCAUCUCGUGUUCUUGGUAA